UACGACUCCGCGGCGCUGCGUGGGCCUCCUAGGGAGUUCCGGAGUGCUUUAGCGCGGUAAUUAUUAGCGCAGACCCGGUUCCCUGUCGGAAUCCAGCGGGGCAGCGUUCCCUUUGCCCCGCAGCCCGGCGGGUUCUGGAAUGGAAACUUACAAGCUUUUCUUUGUAAGACUGAGAAAUAUUUCUUGAAACCAAGAAAAAAAAUGUCUGUGACACUGCACACAGAUGUAGGUGAUAUUAAAAUAGAAGUCUUCUGUGAGCGGACACCCAAGACAUGUGAAAACUUCUUGGCUCUCUGUGCCAGCAGUUACUACAACGGCUGUGUGUUCCACAGAAACAUCAAGGGCUUCAUGGUCCAGACGGGAGAUCCCACAGGCACUGGACGAGGCGGUAACAGUAUCUGGGGCAGGAAGUUUGAGGAUGAGUACAGCGAACACCUCAAGCACAGUGUCAGAGGCGUCGUCUCCAUGGCUAACAACGGCCCGAACACCAACGGCUCGCAGUUCUUCAUCACCUACGGCAAGCAGCCCCACCUGGACAUGAAGUACACGGUGUUCGGAAAGGUAAUAGAUGGUUUAGAGACACUUGAUGAACUGGAGAAGCUCCCAGUAAAUGAGAAGACUUACCGGCCUCUCAAUGACGUGCACAUUAAGGACAUCACGAUUCACGCCAACCCAUUUGCUCAGUAGACACAGUCACUUGGCAGACCCUGGACGGAUGUCCCUGAGCAGCCCAGUCGCUGUGAGGUCAGGCCUGUGUCUACCUGUUGUGUGCAGCCAGGGGCAUCACUGAGGAAGCUCAGCAGCCCCUGUCCUGUUCGUACAGCGAGUCGUCUGCUAGAAUCCAAUGGCCCCUUCCACUUUUGGCUGGAGCAGGAGUGGGAUAGGGUGGAUGGAGAGAGGAUUUUACUGUAUCUCAAGCUGUCCAGGAACAUGUGGUGAUCCUCCUGUCUCAGCCUCCUGAGCGCUGGGAUUAUAGGCAUACACCACCAUGUGCAGCUUCCUUUAAAUUUAAUAUUAAAGAUAUAUUUUUUUAAA